GCUGGCAGCUGUACUCGGAGCCGCACGGCCGCCCCUGGAUGGACGUUGGUGUGAUUGAUGUUCCCCUCUCGAGCGUGUUUCACAGACUCUCCGCUCACAGCAGUCUGAAUGUGUUUCCGCGGCUGGCGUCAGCUCCAACUCGCAGGGUUGCUCUUUCACUGCUCACAGCAAGAUAACAUAUUUGGGGAUCUCUAUUGCCAACUACUACAUUGCUCAUCAACGCUGAAAGUUACAGCUUUUUUAUUUACCGAUACCAUUACCUAUUUUGGGGAUAAUUAUUUCGGGAUUUUUUUUGUUUGUCGAUCUGUGAAGUUAGUUUUCAGUUUUCGGUUUUCUCCGCGAUUGGGAUAUUAAAGACCAGAAGACUAAUCUAACAACCAAGUCGUUCAUCAUGGGACAGAAGUCAGUCAGUACGAGGGGAGAGACAGAGACAUGCUGGUAGUCUAGGCCUGUGGUGGAGUCAAGAGCACAACAAAAGCUAAAUCUCCUUUUUUUUGUUGUCUAUUCUGGCAACUUCUUGUCUUCUUGUUAUAUAAUAGUGAACUUUUUACCCAUCAAUCGCCAUGGCCUCCAGCCUGACCUGUGCCGGUGUAAUCUGGACCCUCCUCUCCCUGCUCUGUGCUGCGGCCUCCUGUGUCGGCUUCUUCAUGCCUUACUGGCUGCUCGGUUCCCAGAUGGACAAGCCGGUCUCGUUCGGCACCUUCCGGCGGUGCUCGUACCCGGUGCGCGACGAGGAGAGCCAGGCCACAGUGAUCCUGGAGCAGUGUGGGCGUUAUGCUUCCUUCCAGGGGAUACCGAGUCUGGAGUGGAGGAUCUGUACGGUGGUGACGGGCGUGGGCUGUGGUCUGCUGCUCCUGGUGGCCCUCACAGCCCUCAUGGGAUGUUGUAUCUCUGACCUCAUCUCCAGGACCAUCGGACGUGUGGCCGGGGGGAUACAGUUCGUUGGAGGUGAGUCAGUCUGUUCCCUCUGUUUACUCCGUAAGGGCUAAAGGUUCUCUACCACCUUAAGGCUCUAUUAC